AUGGCCUUCCAGACAGCAGGCUACCCAAUGCCUCACGGAGCAACGUAUGCGGCGUUCAACUACCGUACGCCGCCGCAAACACCACCUCCUGCCGGCAGCUAUGCGUACUACUCCCCACGACAUUACGCGCCGCCAACGAAAGGGCACACCCGAAGAGCCACUGGGGAUGCGACAACAUACACCUACACUUACACGACCGCGACGCCGCGCCGGCCGAACCACUACGCGGACGCGACCCCAGAGCCCACUUACCAUACAUCCGCGCAAUCGACGCCGUUGCGCAAACCCGACUAUGUAAGUGGCUCCGAUCGCAAACGCGAAAGCGCUCGAUAUCAAUACUAUCGUGUGCCCGUCGAUAAGCCGGCCGCUGCCCAUCGCAAGUCCUCCAGCCAGCACUACUCGUCGAGACCGCAGUACGAGUAUGUCCAUAAUGACUAUUACUUCGACCGUUCACACGAAGAGCUGCCGCGCUACGAGCAGUACGAGCAGCGACCGCCGCCAUACAAGCGUCAACAAGGUUACUAUUACGAACCACGAGCUGAUCAUCGAUACCGCGAUCAGGUCCCCAUAUAUACCGCUGCAGACUCUCCCCAGCCAGCACGCCCCCGGCGAUCAUCCUUUACCACCAAGCCGAGUAAUCCGCCAACUCGGCCGCGGCCGAGCACUGCCAACAAAGCACCACCAGCCAAGGCCACCGAAGAGGAUGCGCGCCGUGCUGGCAUUCCAGCCGGUUACUCAUACAAGAACUGGGAUCCCACCGAGGAACCCAUCCUGCUGCUCGGCAGUGUCUUUGACGCCAACUCACUCGGGAAAUGGAUCUACGAUUGGACCGUCUUCUUUUAUGGCCCCGCAACACCAAUGGCCGAGGUUGCAGGUGAAUUAUGGCUGCUACUCAUCCAGCUUGCACACAAGGUCAAGCGUGCGGAAGACACCCUUCCCCGUAUCCGUUCGCAAGCAUCCCGCGAUAUGGUGGACGACUUUCUCGAUUCUGGAGAACGCCUAUGGCAACGCUUCAACAAGCUUCUCAAAAUCUGCGAGAACUACAUGUGGAAGGCGGCCAAGAAGGAAAGUGGUAAUGCGAAGAAGGUCACGAUGGGGAAGAACAGCGGGUGUGAGUUCGUCGACUCGAUCUUCGGCCGCGAUCGCGAACUGGAGCGUACGGAGAAGAUGAUGACUGGCAUGCGCUUGUGGAGCAUGCGAUUUGAUGCCAACUGCGAUGAGAUUUUGCGCAAUCCUGGCGCAUAG